AGAGAGACACCUGCAGCACUGCUUCACCACUUGUGAAGCUCUCCUCCUUCAGGUGGGGACCGGGGACUUGAACCUGGGUCCUUGCACAUUAUAACAUGUGCGCUCAACCAGGUGUGCCACCACCCAGCCCCUUAUUUGCUCUUUAUUGACAAGCCAAGGUUUUGUGUAAAUUUAUACUCCCAGAACAUUUCUUCGUGUCAACAGAGGGAGAGAUACCACAGCACCAAAGCUACCUUUAGCUAGUUGCCAUGGCAACUCUCAUGCAGAGCCAGGACUUGAACCUGGAAUGUGUCUACAUGACAGGGCAGGCAUACUACCUGGUGAGCUAUUCCUUCAACCUGGGAGUGUUUUUUUUUCCCAUUGUAGGCUCAUAUCAGCCUUCCUGGUUCUGACCUUAAUCUGUUUAAAAUAAUGCUGACCACUAAUUGUAAUUCACCCAGUAGAGCACUAAUUUUACCAUAGGUGAGUAAAAGGAUUCAAGCCCUCCUGGCUAACACCUGGGAGCACCUUGCAAAGCACCUUCAUGCGUGGUGGAGCAGUGCUAUGGUGUCUCUCCUCUCUCUGUCUCCCUUCCCCUUUCUGCCUCUAAAAUUAAAAAAUAUAUAUUUUCCAUGAAUUAUUAUGAUAUACAUAUGAGUACGGACCAUUCCUUUUACAAAAUAAUCUAUCUUGGUAAAGCACAGGACUUGGGUGUGUGAGGUCCCAGAUCUAACUCCUGUCUCUGCAUAGGACAAAGCUGACAGGUGCUUUGGCUUCUUGAUCAUAAAAAUGAAAAAAAAAAUUUUAAUUAAUGUUCCAAGAGUCUAGUUUUGUAAGUAAACCUUUCUGCUUAGUAUUGUUAUGUGUUGUCAUUUCUGCCUGUUAGGUAGGGAUCAACAGCUGAACCAGAACUGUGCAGUUCUGUUUAGCUAUAAGCUACUUUGCAUACUGUUGCUGAAUGACCACCUAUAAAUCAGAUUACAUCCGUCUCAGCCCAAAGUACAGCAUCUUGACAACAAACCUCAGGCUGAAGAGGAAAUGGUGGACAACAGAAGCUACUCUAACCUGCCAGACAAGCUGCCUGUCUUCUCUGAUUCAGCCCACUUGCCACUGGCCAGGUCUUUCUACCUGGAUCCCAUGGUCACUUUCCACUUGUAUCCUGAGGCCCCGGUGCCAUCCCCUUACUCAGAGGAGCUGCCACUGCUGCCCUUUUCCAGUGAUUCCCUAGUCAUGGAAAAUUAUGGCGAACAGUGCCCCUUUCCUUUCCCAAUGCCUUAUCCAAAUUACAGAAGGUGUGAAUAUUCAUAUGGGCCAGCCUUUAUCCGGAAAAGAAACGAGCGGGAAAGGCAGCGGGUGAAGUGUGUCAAUGAAGGCUACGCCCAGCUCCGCCAUCAUUUGCCAGAGGAAUAUUUAGAGAAGCGACUCAGCAAAGUAGAAACCCUCCGAGCGGCGAUCAAGUACAUUAACUACCUGCAGUCUCUUCUAUAUCCUGAGAAAACUGAGACCAAGAACCCUGGGGAAGCUUCCUCCAUAAUCACCACCAACCACCACCACACUGACCCCAUUUUUAGAAUCAUUUGAUUCAGUAUUUCCAAACAAACAACACAUAAUGGAUUCUCCUACAGCAUCAUUUCAUAGUUUCUCUGAGAUGUAACUUCUUUGCGAGCAGAUAAUAGCUCAUUUUAACCGAUGCUGAUUCUUUGAUUGGUUUCAGGUGUAAUAAACAUUCUCUUACAUAGAUUGAGAAAAUG